AUUUUAUAUUGGCAACAUGAUGCAAAAGAUCGUUGCUUGUUCGAAAUGAAAAUAAGCCUUAACGCCAUUCUUUUGUUCGAUUAUAUUGUUGAUCAUUUUAGCCGGCAAAAGAAUAAGGGGAAAUAAUGUCGGAUAAUAGCGAUUUAAGUGAUGAUUGGGAAAUGGAUGAGCAGCCUAAACCUAAAAAAGGUAAUAAAAAACUCUCUGUUGAACGAAUUUAUCAAAAGAAAACUCAAUUAGAGCACAUUUUGCUCCGUCCUGACACUUACAUCGGAUCUGUAGAACAUGUUAAACAGCCUAUGUGGGUUUACGAUGAUGGUGUUGGUAUGGUUAAUAGAGAAAUAUCAUUUGUUCCCGGUUUAUAUAAGAUAUUUGACGAAAUAUUGGUUAACGCUGCCGAUAAUAAGCAGCGAGAUAAAAAUAUGGAUUGCAUUAAAAUUGAAAUUGAUGCUGAAAAAAAUAAAAUAAGCAUCUGGAAUAAUGGUCAGGGUAUUCCUGUUGUUGAACACAAAGAUGAAAAAAUGUUUGUACCUACCAUGAUAUUUGGACAUUUGUUGACUUCUUCAAAUUAUAAUGAUGAAGAACGAAAGGUAACCGGUGGUAGGAAUGGUUAUGGUGCUAAAUUAUGUAAUAUCUUCAGCACCAAGUUUGUUGUCGAAACGGCAUCAAAGCAAUACGGUAAGCAGUUUAAGCAGACCUGGACAAACAAUAUGACUAAAACUGAGGAUCCUAAAAUUACAUCCUUCUCUGGAACAGAUUUCACCUGUAUAUCUUUUUAUCCGGAUCUACCAAAAUUUAAGAUGGAUGUUUUGGACAAAGACACAAUUGCCCUACUGACUAGACGUGCAUUUGAUAUAGUAGGCAGUACCCGUGGUGUAAAAGUACACUUGAAUGGAAAGAGAUUACCAGUGAAAGGUUUCAAGGACUAUAUAGAACUUUAUUUAAAAGACAAAAUGGAUGACAAUGGCGAACCUCUUAAAGUUGUUCAUGAGGUAGUGAAUGAUCGAUGGGAAGUAGCUGUUACCAAUAGUGAUCAUGGUUUUCAACAAGUCAGCUUUGUAAAUAGUAUAGCCACAACAAAAGGUGGCCGUCAUGUAGACCAUGUAACAGAUCAGCUGACAACUAAAAUUGCUGAAGUUAUCAAGAAAAAGAAUAAAGGAGGUAAAGAUGCUAAACCUUUCCAAAUAAAGACCCACUUAUGGGUUUUUGUUAAUUGUUUAAUUGAAAAUCCUACAUUUGAUUCUCAAACUAAAGAAAAUAUGACAUUAGUACAAAAGAAUUUUGGCUCCAAGUGUGCUCUAAGUGAAAAAUUUAUUAACCAAGCUAUGAAAUGUGGUGUCAUAGAGAACAUUAUGUCAUGGAUAAGAUUUAAAGCUCAAAAUGAGCUCAAUAAAAAAUGCAGCGGAAAAAAGCAAACUAAGUUAAGAGGCAUUCCUAAAUUAGAAGAUGCAAAUGAUGCAGGAACAAGAAAUUCAAUUGAUUGUACUUUAAUUUUAACGGAAGGAGAUUCAGCUAAAUCUUUAGCUGUUUCCGGAUUGGGUGUUGUUGGCAGAGAUAAAUAUGGUGUUUUUCCCUUGAAAGGUAAAGUUUUGAAUGUACGCGAAGCAACUCAUCAACAAAUCAUGGCAAAUGCUGAAAUAAAUAACAUCAUUAAAAUUAUGGGGUUGCAGUAUAAGAAAAAGUAUGAGACUGUUGACGAUUUAAAAACAUUGCGCUACGGUCGUCUUAUGGUAAUGACAGAUCAGGAUCAAGAUGGAUCUCACAUAAAAGGUUUGCUCAUUAAUUUUAUUCAUCAUAAUUGGCCUAGUUUGUUAAGAUUGCCAUUUCUUGAAGAAUUCAUCACUCCUAUUGUUAAAGCUUCUAAAGGUAAAGAAGAGCUGUGUUUCUACAGUAUCCCAGAAUUUGAAGAAUGGAAAGCAGCUACCCCAAACUGGCCUAAGUAUAAAGUAAAGUACUACAAAGGUUUGGGUACCAGCACGGCUAAAGAAGCUAAGGAAUAUUUUUCCGACAUGAAACGUCAUCGUAUAAGAUUCCAUUAUAAUGGCACCGAUGAUGAUAAUGCUAUCCAGUUGGCUUUUAGUAAGAAAAUGGUAGAUAUGCGUAAGGAAUGGUUAACUAAUGGCAUGGAAGAAAGGAAACGUAGGCGUGAAUUGGGCCUUCCAGAAUUGUAUUUGUAUGGUAAAAAUACUGAGGCGAUCACCUAUAAUGACUUUGUCAACAAAGAGUUGAUUCUGUUUAGUAACACAGACAAUGAACGAUCUAUUCCAUCUAUGGUUGAUGGUUUAAAACCAGGACAGCGUAAAGUUCUUUACACUUGUGUUAAGAGAAAUGAUAAACGAGAAGUGAAAGUGGCUCAGCUAGCUGGUUCAGUUGCUGAGCAUUCAGCGUACCAUCAUGGUGAAGCAGCUCUUACAGGAACAAUCAUAGGUUUGGCCCAAAAUUUUGUUGGCAGCAACAACAUAAAUAUCUUGUUACCAAUUGGACAGUUUGGUACUCGUCUACAAGGCGGUAAAGAUGCUGCCAGCGCGAGGUAUAUUUUCACAAAUUUGAGUCCCAUUACCAAACAUUUGUUUUCGGCUUUAGAUACUCCUCUCCUAAAUAAUCUCUAUGAUGAUAAUUUGAAAAUUGAACCUGAGUAUUAUGUACCUAUUAUCCCUAUGGUUCUUGUCAAUGGAGCUGAAGGUAUUGGUACUGGAUGGAGUACUAAGAUUUAUAACUACAAUCCAAGAGAUCUUGUGAAAAACAUUUUGAGAAUGAUAGAUGGUGGAGAGCCCUUGGAGAUCGCCCCAUGGUUUAAAAAUUUCAGAGGCACCAUAGAAAAGAUAGACAAUCAACAUUAUGCUGUAAGUGGUGAAAUAGCAAUUUUAGAAGAUAACAAGAUAGAGAUUACUGAACUUCCUGUUAGAGUUUGGACUCAAGCUUAUAAAGAAUCGGUUUUAGAAACUAUGUUACAUGGUAAAGAUGAUGGUAAGGAUAAGAAAGAUGAUAAAGGGAAAAAAGAGGAGAAGUUUAUCCCUUUAAUCACAGAUUACAAAGAAUAUCAUACCGACACAACUGUGAGAUUUGUUGUUAGUAUGACGCCAGAAAAAUUUAAUCAAGCUCGAAAUCAAGGUUUUCAUAAAUUUUUUAAGCUAACCACAACAUUUUCCUUAAGUUCUAUGGUUUUAUUUGAUCAUUUAGGGUGUUUGAAAAAAUAUGAGAGUGCAAUUGAAAUUCUGAAAGAAUUUUUCGAGGUGCGUUCUAAACUUUACGAGAAACGUAAAAGUUACAUGGUUGGUGUCUUGGAAGCAGAGGCAUUAAAACUUAAGAAUCAGGCAAGAUUCAUUCUUGAAAAAAUUGAAGGAAAACUAACUAUUGAAAAUCGCAAGAAGCUUGAAAUGAUUAAAUGUUUAAUUGAGAGAGGUUACGACUCGGAUCCAGUUAAAGCCUGGAAGGAAGCUCAAAAAGUUGAUACUGAUGAAAGCAAAGCUGAUGAUUCUGAUAAUGAAAAGGAAGAAGUUGAUACUUCAGGACCAGAUUAUGACUAUUUACUUGGAAUGACUUUAUGGAGUUUAACUAGAGAAAAGAAAGAUGAACUCUUGAAAAAGCGAGAUGAAAAGGUCAAGGAAUUGGAAGACUUGAAACGUAAAACACCCUAUGAUUUAUGGAAAGCAGAUCUCAAAGAAUUUCUGGCAGAACUUGACAGGAUUGAAAAACAAGAACAAGAGGAGGAAGCUGGAGUUGUAAAACCUAAAGGUAAAGGCCAAGGAAAGAAAAGAGCUAAAGAAGAUGAAGUUAAACCAUCCCCAUUUGGAGAAAGAAUUGUUCCAGAGCUUGGUGACGAGUACAAAAAGAAAUUUGAGAAGAAACCAACUGUACCAGGUGAAGCUAAAAAAGGACGUAAAAAGAAACUGGCUGAUGUAAAACUUGAAGAUGGGGAAGAUGAAAAAGAGCUAUCCUUAUCUGAAAGAAUAAAUGCAAGUCCAGCUAAGAAGGAGAAAGGACCUAAGAAAUUAAAGCAAACUGCUUUAACAUUCACAUCGAUUGGUGAAAAGAAAAAAUCCCCCUCAAAGGGUAAAGGUAAAAAGAAAAAUCCCUGGUCUGAUUCAGAAUCAAAUGUUGACUCUGAUCUUUCUGAAGUUGAUGUUUCAGCAGAAGAUUACAUUCCACCUGAAAAGAGAGAUAUUCCUCGUAGAGCUGCUGCUAAGUCUAAAUACACUUUUGAUAGUGAUGAAGAGAAAGAUGAUGAAGAAGAUAACUUUAAUCCAAUAGAUGAUAGUGAUCAAGAGUCUGAUGCUCCUCCACCUAAAAAGACUCAGCCUAAGCCAAAACCAGCUCCUAAAAAAGAAGAGCCAAAAGAGAAAUUGAAUGGUGCUUCUUCUCCGAUUCCAUCGGAUAGCGAUUCUGAUAGCUAUCCAGAAAAACCUGCUGAACAAAAUGCAAAAUCCAAUGAUGAUCUUUUUAAUUCUCUCCUUGGAGGGGAUGUGAACAAUGAUAAACCAUCUAAUAAGGCUACAAUAGUUGCAAACAAAAAUUCUGAUAGUGAAUCAGAUUCAAAUGACAGUUUCAAGAUUGUGACUGAGAAACCAUCUUCCAAACCAGCUCCCAAGAAACGACCUCGUAAAAAGGAUAGCAGCUCUGAGGAUGAUUUUAAGCCUAAAGCUAAAAAGAAAGAGACUGUGAAGAAAGCUGCUCCAAAGAAAAAAGCUGCUGAAGGUGGAGCAAAAAAGCCAACUAAAUCUAAAGCAAAGAAGAAGAAGAUGGAUUCCGAUUCUGAGGAUUUUGGGGGAAGUGAUUUUUCAGCGAAUGAUAAUGAUUCACCACCUCCUAAGGCCACACAGCCUAGAAGCGGGCGAGCAAAGGCGGCGAUUGCAUAUGACUUUGGAUCUGAUUCUGAUUUUUAAACUGCUUAUAAAUUAAUCAUCCUAAUUUACUUUAUAGUGAUUCAUAAAAACUUUUAAUGAACAUGUGAUUAAGAAGCACAAUAUUUUCAUUUUGACGUAACGAUACAAACUGGUGCAUUUUUUAAAGCUUACGUUGCUUAUACAAGGCUGUAAAAGUUAAUAUCUUUGACAUCAUUAUCAGGAGUGUUACCUAAAAAUAGUGGAACUGUACAUUGUUUCUAAAUUGGAUGAGUGUUUAAAUGUGUGUUUAGAUCUAUUUACACCAUGUCUGUCUCUGCAUUUAUUUAAACAAUUAAAAAUUGAUUUUUUUUAACUCCUCAGCAAUAACGACAUUGUAAAAUUGUCCGUCUUUUUUAUUGUUAUAUUACAACGAUUAAUGUUACUAUGAUUUUUUAUAUUUUGGUUUGUGGUUAUAUUAUCUCGCAUUAAUAUUUAUAAUUUAACCUCCUGAAUUCUUUCAUUGAUAAUUUCCAGCACUUCCUAUGGUUUGUACAUAUUUUCUACCUUCAUUUCCAAUAAGGUCUGGUGCAAAAAAUAAAAUGCAUCUUUCAUUCUAUCUUCAACAUAUGCAUAUUUCAAUUUUAGAAUAUAAUUUUAAGCUUGAUUUUAUAACUUAUGUUUAGUUUUGUGCUACAUGUUUUUAACUCAUUUCAUUCAUUAUAUAAUUGUGUACUAGACUUUGUAGUUACCAGGCAUUCAUUUGUAUUCAUUGUAAAUUAUCUCAUUAUAAUAGGUAUACAGUUAAGCUGUCUGUUAUGCUUAAGUAUUAAUACAGUGAAACUUUUCUUCGUAUGUACCUAUCUUAAAUUUAUAUUAACCCAUCUUACAUUUUUUUCAAGCUUUUUUUAAUUUCAAUAUUAUUUAAAUUGAAAACUUAAGUAUGUAAUUAAAUAAUUGAUUCUGAUCAGAAUAUUCCUAGCAGUUCUGUAUGUUUUUAAUUACCUCUUUAUUAAAUUAAGUAUUUUAAAUUAUUUUGUUAUUUCUUAAUUUUCUGUUAUAUUUAAAAGAAAAAGUGUUGUACAAGAUCAAUGUUUGUAAUAAAAUUCAGUUUGUGA